CGUAUAUUAAAUUGCUACAGUGCGUAAGUUUGUUCCUUGUGUAGCUAUAUAUGAAAAAUAUAGGUAUGUUCUUUGCAAUUAAACUUUACUGUUACGAGAUGUACGGCACAUUUCUAGUAAUUUACUAGAUUGCAUGCGAAUUAACAUGAAAAUUGUUGAACUUGUUGAUUGGUUAAAAGAUAGAAAAUUUUUGGACCGGAUGAAUAUUAAAAAUACACCCAACAUGUUUUGAUUACAUUGCUCUUAAUAUUCGAAGGUUAGAAAUGAAGCGUCAUGCGAAGUGUUGUAACAACAUUAAUAGAUUACAUGUUACAAGUAUAAGAUUUUGUUUUGCGUAUUUGAACACUCGGCCCAAAAGAACCCAAAAGAAAUUUCGAUUAAAAUUAAAUCCGUGUAAAAAAUAAGUCGGCGUUUUAUGGAAACGAAUAUAUUGUCAGAUAUACAGAAACCAGCAGAAUUGCAAAAGUGCACCGUUCAUAAUAUGCUGAAAAUUUUCAAAUGUCUCCAAUGCGACUCGACCUUCGAUCGUGCUUCACAAUUGGAUUAUCAUCGUCGGAGCAUACAUCUAGGAGAAAGAUCUCAAGUAUGCCAGAUAUGUGGGAAAGGCUUCUUUCGCAAGGGAGAUCUGCGCACCCACUUGAAUACUCAUUUAGGAACAAAUUUUUAUAUUUGCGAGACCUGUGGAAAGAAAUUCAGUCAUAUAUCGAAUCUUAUAAGGCACUGUAGAAUGCAUACAGGGAUUAAGCCAUAUUUGUGCUCAAUUUGUGAUAAGAAAUUUACACAAAUGUCUUCGCUAGCAAGGCAUAAACAGAUGAUACACGGGAUACCAAAGGAAAUUGUGCAACAGUAUUGUAAUCCUAGUCUUAUCAGCAAUAAAUCACAAAACAACAACAAUCAUGCAUUGAAAGAAAACAAGAUAUUAGGUAAUAAUAUUGAAGAUGGAUAUGAUGAAACAUCUUAUCUGCAGCCAAAAUGUAUUAACCAGAAUACUGCUAGAGAUUCAAAUGUACAAAAAAAUGAAAUAAUUUCUGAUCAAUGCGAUAUUGAUGUGGACAAUAAAACAAGUUUAUUCGAAACUAUUAUUUGUGUCACGUCUAAGCAGUUUGAAGAAAGUAAUUUAGCAGAGAAUGAGAAUACAAAUCGAAUACCACAAGAUUCUCUCGCUGAGAUUGAGGAAAAAUUUGGAUCUACUGACUUAUCGAUGAAUAACAUCGUUAUUUCCAAUUUUUCUCAAGAUAUAGUUAAUCACGAACAACCACAAGCCAAGGAUAUUAUAACUUAUUUAUAUCAAUUUGAUAAAAACAAUUUCACCUUUUUAUCUCGUGAUAAAAAAUCUAGUAAUGAAACAGAAACUCAGGACCAUGAAGGUUUUUUGAGAACGGAUAACUCGGAUAUGUGUAUAUCUCGAGACAUUUGCAAAGAAUCUUCCAUGAAUGACGAGAGAAAUUCAUUAAAUAUGGAAACGAAUUUACAAAUUUGUAAUUCCAGUGAAGUUUUAACAGAUCCAAAAUUUCUGCAUAGACAAAUGAGUAGAGAGAUUAUUAGCGAAAUGAAAAAAUGCAACAAAUCAUUAGAUGAUGACAAUCAGUUGUGCAUGGAACUCUCUAAUUCAGCAAUGUUAAAAUUUGACGAGUCUCAGUAUUGUAAUAACAUUAGUUUAACCAAUGUGAAUCUCGAUCAUACAACGAAAUCUCAUCAUUCUGAAAAUAUUACCAAUGACACAAUAUGUACUCCCGUCGCUACGCAGAAUCAGGAAGGCUUAUUGCACAAUGAGAAUUUAGAAAAUUUUAAUAGUGCUAGUAAUACAGUAUCAAAUAACGAAGAACCAAUGUUGCGUCUAGUACAAACGGAAACCGGUGAGCAAUUUUAUGAAUUUAUAAUAAGCAAUUUGGUAGAAAAAAUGCAGAACGCUUCGUGUACAAAGGAUUUGGAAAAUACGAUGGAAGAACCAUCAAAUGCCUUUAAAGAUUGCCAAAAAAUGGAUUCAAAUUCAAAGGAAAGCGAGAAGAGCGAUCAGAUAGAGGAUCAACAAACUUUGGAUGGUCUUGUUGACAUAAAUAACGAAUUUAAUUAUACACAAUUCGAUUUUCAUAGAGAGGAAAAAAAUUGUACCAUCCUAUGUCAUGAUGAACCUGAAUAUUUCAAACAAGAUUCGAAAGAUCACGAGUGCGCAAAUAAUAUGCAGGAAAAAGAUAUGGAAGUUUACAAUUCCGGGAAUUUGGAAUUACUGGAAAACGAAUCACACGUAGACUUCGACAAGUACGUUGAGACUAAUCUCGAAGCGUUUGAAAAAUUGAAUUAUGAAAAUUGCAAUGAAAAAUUUUUGGAGUUCGUGGAAGUUGCCGAUAUCGGCAUAGAAUCCUCAGGAUACAAAGAACUCUCGAUGGUACGAUUGAUUCAGAAUGAUGGUGAACAGUUGUUGGAACUCUUGCAGGAUUCUCAAAUCGAGCAGGAGACUAAUCAAGAUUUCAUACAAGCCAAUAAUCUCAAAGAUGAUUGUUCAAACAUUUUACAAGAUAGUAAUAAAAUGGCAGAUUGCCCUAAAAAUAAAUCAGAUUUCUUUACGUAUGUCGAGAAUAAUAUAUCAGUAGAAGAAAAUAUAAAUAGCAGCCGAGGCAUAGAGAAUAUCGAAGGAUGUACAGUUAGCAGUAAUUUGUCUACAGAUAUAACUCUUACUGAAAUUGUAAGUAAUAAGAACUGUGUUAAAACAUCAGAAGAGUCUAAGAAAUCAAAAACCAUCUCAAAAAGGUUUCAAUGCUCGGUAUGCAAGAAAGCAUUCUCAACAGCUUAUAAUUAUAAACAGCAUAUUGGCAUACAUUUUACAGAUCAACAAAAAUUUCAUUGUAAAGAUUGUGGAAUGUCUUUCGCUUGGAAAUCUACUCUGAACAAGCAUAUCACAAAUAAUCAUAGCUCAGACGGCCCACAAAAAUUCGUUUGUGAGAUUUGUCCGAAAGUUUAUAGCACCUUGUAUGUUUUAAAGGAACACGUAAAGAGGGACCAUUUGAAGCAGCGUAAUCACAUUUGCCUGCACUGUGGCAAGUCCUUUUUCAAGAGAUUCGAUCUGAAGACUCAUAGUAGAACGCACACGAACGAACGUCCAUACGUGUGUCGUGUUUGCGGCAAAAGGUUUCAUCAUCAGAGUCACAUCAUCCGUCACGAACGUACGCAUUCGGGCGAGCGGCCAUAUGUUUGUGACAUUUGUCAAAAGACUUUUAUGCAACCCAGCUCGCUAAAGGCACACAAACAGAAACACCAGCAGAUUCGGAUGGAUUUUUUGGAUUACCAGAUCGACGAGGAUGAUCCUAUCGCACUGGCAACAUUAUAAAUACAAGAACAUAUGUCUGUGAGAUGAAUAUAUUGUGGUUUCAUUUAAUAUUGAAAAAAAGACAGUGAAUGUGUAACAUUAGUAAUAAUCUUACGAUUUCUAUUUUAUUAGCAUUGUUGUGACCACAUUGUUAUCUUUUUAACUAAAACUGUUUUAAAGAAUAUGG